AUGGCUAAGAAGACGGGUGAAAACUCUAAGAAGGCCGCUGGAAACGCCAGAAAGGCUGACAGCGCCAACAAGAAAAAAGAGGCAGAAUUAGAAGCCUUAGAAUCUCAAGAAGCCGAAAAAUGGUCUGAUGGCUCUAAGAAGGGUAACAAAAAGAAGGAAGAUGAACAGUUCAAGAAAGAAGAAGCAGCCCGUAAAAAGGCUGAAAGAGAUGCCUUAUUAGCAGCCGAAGAAGCCGCAUUGCCUCUGAAGCCUGCAAACUCGAAGCUGAGAGGAGCCAACAAGGUCGCAGCUAGAAGAGCAGGUAAGAUCGACGAUUUCCUUGACUUCAACAAGGACGUUCCCGAAUUAAGUGCUAGUGGUUUAGACAGUGCUUUGGAAGCAUUGGCAUUGACAUCGCGUGAUGGAGGUGUGGGCUCGAAGGAUAUCGAUAGACACCCCGAGAGAAGAGUCAAGGCUGCCUUCUCUGCUUUCGAAGAGAAGAGAAUCCCAGAGUUGAGAAAGGAGAACCCAGGUUUGAGAUUACAGCAGAUCAAGCAUUUGGCAUUCAAGGAGUUCCAGAAGUCGCCAGAAAACCCCAUGAACCAGGAAACCAACAUCCACUACAACGCCAAGCAGGACGAGGUUGCUGAUAAGAAGCGCGAGGUCAGGUCUUCCAGAGAGAAGAAGUUCUCAUAG